CAGAGAUGGAACGUAAUGCUAACGCCCGCCCUCACCAACCCAGAAGCCGCAGAAAGCUCCAAUCGAACCCAAAACAGUAAUUUUCUAUUCAAUCUGCAAUCUUUGGGGGUUCAGAUAAAAGCCAAUGAUCGAAUCAUUCGCACCAACCAAAUCCCACUUCGCUCAUGUAAGGGAAACGACACUUGCAUUGUUCAUUCUGUUCUUAUCUCCAGCAUCAAUUAAUUUGUUUCUCUCUCAUGGCGGCCGCCGCCUCGGCCAAUUACUCCCUGCUGCUGCGUCUCUCUAAUUCCAAUCCAAAAAAAUCUCCGUUCUUAUCCAAAACCCAUGUCGAUUCGGCCAUUUUGAAGAGAACCCAUUUGCCAAUCGCUUCAAAAAUAUGUUCGGCAGGAGAGGGGAUCCGGAAGCCGGAGUACCUGAGCUGUGGUGGCGGAGACAGGCGGCGUGGAGGGCCGGCGGCGAAAUGUACGGCGGAGCGGGUAGAGAGAGGGCUUCUGGAAAGGAAAUCUUCCGUGCCGGAGAGGUUCAAGGUGGUGGCGCUGAUGGCGUGCGUCAUGUGCCUUUGCAAUGCGGAUAGAAUCGUCAUGUCCGUGUCCGUCGUCCCCCUCGCUGCCAAAUAUGGCUGGAGCAGCUCCUUCUUGGGCAUCGUUCAGUCCUCUUUCCUAUGGGGAUACAUAUUUUCAUCACUGAUUGGAGGAGGCUUGGUAGACAAGUACAAAGGAAAGACAGUGUUGGCUUGGGGUGUCGCCUUCUGGUCUUUGGCCACUCUCCUCACUCCAUGGGCUGCAAAUCACUCCACCGCUGCCCUCUUGGCUGCUCGUACCUUCUUUGGCCUCGCUGAAGGUGUGGCGCUUCCUUCCAUGAACACCCUCUUAUCGAGGUGGUUUCCGAGCCAUGAAAGAGCUACGGCAGUGGGAAUAUCCAUGGCUGGAUUUCAUCUUGGAAAUGUGAUAGGCUUAGUGCUCACACCAAUUGCUAUGUCAUCGAUUGGGAUUUCAGGUCCCUUCAUUUUAUUCUCGGCUCUUGGACUUCUCUGGCUCACCUUAUGGGCAUAUGGGGUGACAGAUGAUCCACAAGAAAGCCGGUUUAUCAGCUUAUCAGAGCUGCAGUUGAUCCAAGCUGGGAAAUCCGAUGCUUCAUCAGUAAACAAGCGCAGGCCCCUGCCUCUGAGCCUCUUGCUGUCAAAGUUGCCCACCUGGGCAAUAAUCCUUGCCAACGUUACAAACAAUUGGGGAUACUUUGUUCUUCUCUCAUGGAUGCCUGUAUAUUUUAGAACUGUAUUUGAUGUGAAUCUACGACAAGCAGCCUGGUUUAGCGCUGUCCCUUGGGGAACAAUGGCGAUCUCAGGGUACGCUGCAGGAGCAAUAUCAGAUUCCUUAAUCAAAGCCGGUUACUCCUUGACAUUAGUCAGGAAGAUCAUGCAGUCCAUUGGCUUCAUUGGGCCUGGGAUUUCAUUACUCUGCUUGAACUAUGCCAAGACACCAGUAAUUGCAUCCAUAUUCAUCACAGCUGCACUCAGCUUGAGCUCGUUCAGCCAAGCUGGCUUUCUCCUCAAUAUGCAAGAAAUCGCGCCUCAGCAUGCAGGAUUCCUCCACGGCAUUUCAAACUCAGUCGGGACGAUGGCUGCAGUAGUCAGCACAGUUGGAACAGGCUACUUUGUGCAGUGGCUGGGAUCUUUUCAAGCGUUUCUUACUGUCACAGCCGCUCUGUAUUUCUUAACGACUAUUUUCUGGAACCUCUAUGCUACUGGAGAGCGAGUCUUCUAGUCGAAAGAAAGAGAAAAAAAAAAAAAAAAAAGCUUGAUUUAUUUAGUUCCAAAACACCCAACAAUUGCACAACUAAGAAGAGGAGGAAUUCAGAUUGAGUGAGUCAUUCUUUCUGUUUUUUUCAAGUAUUUUCUAUUUUGUACAUUGAGGAGGAGAAGGAAUAAUUGAAGCUAUUUCUUUGUAUAAAUAGUGAUUUAAAGAUAUUGCCUGGAUGAGGCCAUGCAAUGCUAGUAAAAUGGAAGCAUCCUGCAAUUGCCUUGCAAAUCUAUUUAUUUUUGCAAAUUUUUGAACAUUGAUCAGAGGUAAAGGGUCAUUGGGGCAGGGACAUAUGUU